GUUUGUCCGGCGGGGCGGGCGCUGCUGCCGCGUCCUCGGAGGCGCGUCCCGGACACUGGAGAGACGCCGGAGGGCUCCAGGCAGCCUUUCCCGGCUGGGGCAGAGAGAGAGAGAGAGAGAGACGGCGGGGAGGGCAGCUGAGCCCGCGGGCGCCUGGAUGGCGUCCCUGCCCGCCGCCCCCGCGGGCGCCCCCGAGCCCAUCCAGCCGGCCGCCCCCCCUGCCAGCCCCGCCGGGGUCUCCUUCCAGCUGCAGAUCGGGCUGACCCGCGAGUACGUCCUGCUGCCCGCCGCCUGCGACCUCGCCCACGUCAAACAGCUGGCCUGCUCCAUCGUGGACCAGAAGUUUCCUGAGUGCGGGUUUUAUGGCCUCUACGAUAAAAUCCUGCUGUUCAAACAUGACGCUUCAACAACCAAUAUUUUACAACUGGUUCGAGCCGCCUCUGACAUUCAGGAGGGUGACUUGGUAGAGGUGGUUCUCUCAGCCUCGGCUACCUUUGAGGACUUCCAGAUCCGUCCGCAUGCUCUCAACGUCCACUCCUACCGGGCACCGGCGUUCUGCGACCACUGUGGAGAGAUGCUUUUCGGUUUGGUCCGCCAAGGCCUCAAAUGUGAUGGUUGCGGCCUGAACUACCACAAACGUUGCGCCUUCAGUAUCCCCAACAACUGCAGCAGCGCCAGGAAACGCCGCCUCUCGUCCACCUCGCUGGCCAACUCGCAGUCCUUGCGCCUGUCCACCACAGAGUCCUUGCCCUGCGUCCCGGACGAGCUGAGCCGGAGUUCCACGGAGAUUUUCCCCCGCCGCCUGACCUCCUGCACCUACAUUGGCCGCCCCAUCGAGCUGGACAAGCUCUUUCUCUCCAAGGUGAAGGUGCCCCACACCUUUCUCAUCCACUCCUACACCCGCCCCACCGUCUGCCAAUACUGCAAGAAGCUCCUGAAGGGGCUCUUCCGCCAGGGCCUGCAGUGCAAAGAUUGCAAAUUCAACUGUCACAAGCGUUGUGCGACCCGGGUGCCCAAUGAUUGCCUGGGAGAGGCGUCCUUUAACGGUGGCGAUGUGCCGAUGGAAGAAUCGAGUGAUCUCAGCGAGGCGGAUAAAAACUCGCUCAUGGACGAGUCCGACGAUUCGGGGAUCAUCCCGGGGUCUCAUUCGGAGAACGAGCUGCACAUGGACGAAGACGCGGAGAGCCUCCAGAAGUCCCAAAGCUCCAUGGGGUACAUCCCCCUGAUGCGUGUGGUACAGUCGGUCCGCCAGACGACGCGGAAAUCCAGCACGGCGCUGAAGGAAGGCUGGAUGGUGCAUUUCAGCAACAAGGACACCUUGCGGAAACGCCAUUACUGGCGGCUGGACAGCAAGUGCCUCACCCUCUUCCAGAAUAACAAUAGCAACCGCUACUACAAGGAGAUCCCGCUGUCCGAGAUCUUGACGGUGGAGGUGGCUCAGGACCUCUCCCUCCUGCCACCCGGCGCCAAUCCUCACUGCUUCGAAAUCGUCACCGCCAACGCCACCUACUACGUGGGCGAGAACGGCGCCCCCAGCAACCCCCAGCAUGGCGGGGAUGGCCUGGAACACGCCAAGGCCUGGGAGCUGGCCCUCCGUCAAGCCCUCAUGCCCGUCGUCCUGCAGGGGGUGCCGGCUGCCCAGGGGCAGCCCCCACACAGACAAGCGUCUUUGAGGAUCUCCGUGUCCAACAGCCAAAUCCAGGAGAACGUGGACAUCGCCACCGUCUACCAGAUCUUCCCAGAUGAGGUCUUGGGCUCCGGGCAGUUUGGUGUGGUCUACGGAGGGAAACACCGCAAGACAGGCAGGGACGUGGCGGUGAAGGUCAUCGACAAGCUUCGUUUCCCCACAAAGCAGGAGAGCCAAUUGCGGAACGAGGUUGCCAUCUUGCAGGUCCUGGUUGCCCUCCGACAUCUGCAUUUCAAGAACAUCGUCCACUGCGACCUGAAGCCUGAAAAUGUCCUCCUGGCGUCCGCCGAGCCCUUUCCGCAGGUGAAGCUGUGCGACUUCGGCUUUGCCCGCAUCAUUGGGGAGAAAUCCUUCCGGCGUUCGGUGGUGGGCACGCCGGCGUACCUGGCCCCGGAGGUGCUACUCAACCAGGGCUACAACCGCUCACUGGACAUGUGGUCGGUGGGCGUCAUCAUGUACGUCAGCCUGAGCGGCACCUUCCCGUUCAACGAGGACGAGGACAUCAAUGACCAGAUCCAGAACGCCGACUUCAUGUACCCACACAACCCGUGGCGACAGAUCUCGGUCGGAGCCAUCGACCUGAUCAACAACCUGCUGCAGGUGAAGAUGAGGAAACGUUACAGUGUGGAUAAGUCACUCAGCCACACUUGGCUACAGGAUUACCAGACCUGGCUGGACCUCCGAGAGCUGGAGAGCCGGAUGGGCGAGCGCUACAUAACCCACGAGAGCGACGACGCCCGCUGGGAGCACUUUGCGGCCGAGCACAGCCUGCAGUACCCCGAGCACCUGCGCGUUCGCCGGCUGCAGGAGGAAGAGGAGGAGGAGGAGGAGGAAGAGGAGGCCGGAGAGCAGGAGAUGGAAAUGCAAGGCUUGGCCGAGAGGGUCAGCGUCCUCUGAAGGCCUGCCGCAGGACGAAGAAGGACCAAAAAACUGGAAGGAGGACCUUGACUGGAGCAACCCCGGCCUCGUCUUGAAUUCGCACUCAACACCUUCCCAAUAAUCUCAUUUCUGGAGGUUGGAAAAUAACAAAAAGAAAUGGAACCUAUUGGAACAUUUUUUGGCUGCUCCGGGGCCACAAUUACUAAGACUUGCAACAGCCACGUUUAAGAAGACCAGAGGUGGCAUUCAGCCGGUUCAGACUGGUUCCGACGAACCGGUAGCAGAAAAAUUUGAGUAGUUCUGAGGACUAGCAAAUACCACCUCUGGCUGGCAACCACCCACCUGCCCUCUUUCUUGUCCUAAAGACCCACAAUGGGCGAGGUAGUCAUGCAGAAUGGGUAGAGGGUCCCCCGAACCCUGGGAGAGAGCCCUGCAUUCAUUCUUUCCUCCACUCCUUUUGAUGUGUGUGUGUGUGUGUGUGAGAGAGAGACUUUCUUUGCAGGUUGCAUCUGCCUAGUUUGAACCCUUUGCAACAAUAGUGCUGGGUUAACGCAACAACGGCCAGUUUUCUUCAUUCUAGAACCGAUGGGAGCUACAGAUUGUGGGUCCCCCCCCACUCAUCCAGGGGUGCAGGGGCAACUUUGGGGGGAUGUAAAGGAACAUCGGAGAUGUUUCAAGGUGGAGGUUGAACCUUGAAGACCAGCAGUGAUGGUUUCUUUGAUGGAGGUUUUUGGUUGAAUGAAGAUUCUUUUGGGGGGAGAGGAUCUCUUAAUACCGGGGUCUCCAAACUUGGUCACUUUAGACUUGUGGACUUCAACUCCCAGAAUUCCCCAGCCAGAAACAUGCAGUAGGCAGAAAGAUGCUGGCUGAGGAAUUCUGGGAGUUGAAGUCCACAAGUCUUCAAGUUGCUCAAUUUGGAGACCUCCCUAGUAUAAUAAAUCUGAGUGGGAGUUGGUCUCUUUGAUCACUGAAUCGGUGUUUCUUGAGCUUGGCCACUUGAAGCAAGGUGGACUUCAACUCCCAGAAUUCCCCAGCAGGAAACAUGCGGCAGGCAGAAAGACGCUGGCUGGGGAAUUCUGGGAGUUGAAGUCCACUCCGUUUCAAGUGGUCAAGCUCAAGAAACACUUCUUUUAAUGAGUUAGCAGAGAGGCAAGGAUUGUUGUCAAGCAGGCAAAAACUCACUCAGGCCGUCUUCAAGCAGGAUGCAACUUUUGGGGGAUCAAAAACAGAAUGCCUCCCCCUCCAAAAUCUCUGUUCCUUCCUCUAAGUCUCCCAAACAGCAUGUCAGCUUUCCAAAGUCGGCCGUUUGAAACGGGCCAGCGCCGCAAAAGAGUGGCUCCUUGUGCGUGCAGACAAAGCCACUUUCUCUUUCAGUGGGCCAAUGUCUUUGCCUCCAAACCACACGGGCUGGCCGAAAUCCAUGCGCCGGAAGAGAGAUGUGGAACCCCCAGGGGGUAGGGAAAUACUGUGUGGUUCUCCCUCCCUUUUU